GUCUGCCUUCCGGUAACUUGUCCGCUGCCGACCGGAGUAUCAUACCGCGUGCCUGCUCUGCGCGGAAAACAAGGCGCCUAAGGUUGGAGCUUUUCGGUGUCAGUUGUAGACUGUGAAGGUACCGUUUGCAGGUACAGCCUGUGCCCACGUCCAGUUGCUGCUGCCCCACCUCGCAACCCCUUCUGUUUCUGCUUUACUAGUAUCAAAUUUUCUCUUGAGCAUCUGAUCCCGCACAAAAGCCAUCCACGAGCUCUUGGGAUCGUGUGACCCCCUUUUCUCGCAAGACAUAAAACGAGCUCAUUGCUUUUGCCCGACACCGUGCAUUUGUCAAAGAGUCGCUCUAUCCAACUCCCGGCUGAAGUCGCUUCCAUCGUGCGAAGUUAUCGCAGCAAGCUCAAGCAGCGGCAGAAGAUCGCCAUGUCGGAUGAGUCAAGGAGUAAGGGACAGUCGGUCGACUUGCACCCGGGCGUGCCGAUGCACGAGCCUGCGGGUGCAACGCCGCUGACGAUGUCCUCUGGGCCGGACGAGGACAAGGAGUCCCUCUUGCAGCUACCGUCGAAUCUUCCGAGCACAAACCACUCGCAAGUCAAGCUGGUCCAGGAGCGUGCCGCUGACGGUACCACGCAGCACGUCGAGCCAGGCCAGAAAGCCAAGGGCGAGGUGAUGCAGGACGUCAAGACGACGAAGAUGUACGUCAAGGACAAGCAGCCGGCCUACUCCCUCGGACACACCAAGAACGCCCCGUCGCUCGGGUACGUCGACCAUGGUAACCUGAUCGGCGUGGCCCACGCAUUCCCCAAUCGCAACGGCGGCAACAGUCGCGCCGACACCGCAGGCGAGCCGACCGCGUCGAACCCGGGCAGCCGCAGAGGGAGCCAGGAUUUGAAUCUCAAUGGCCCGAACGAGCGUCAACUGUUGGUCGAGCAGCUCCGAGCAAUCAUCCACGAGGAGGUGCAAAUGGCCAAUCGCGGGCAUGCGCAGGACCUGAAGGCGGAAACCGAGGACCAGCUCAAGGCCGCUGUCGAGGAGAUUACCAACAAGCCAGCCCGCUCAGGCGACAACACUGACGAGCACAGCCAGGGUGCCAAAGGCGGCAACAACGCGCAUAUCUCCACCCGCGACGCUGCGAGCGACUACACCAAGGCGGAGAUCUUGCCGCAGCAGCGCCAUGACGGAGCCGUCAUGGCGCUGCGGGCCGUCGCGGACGGUGUGGAGGCCGAGAUGAGGGAGAAUGACGCAGACGUCAACGACGACGCGGACUUCCCCAACCCGUGGGCGAAGCUCCGGUACCACAUGCGCGAGCCGUUCGCCGAGUUCCUCGGCUGCUUCAUCCUGAUGAUCUUCGGCGACGGUAUCAAUAAUCAGGUAUUCCUCUCACAAAUGGUAGACCCUGCAAGCCAAAAGGGAAACUACUUGUCCAUCUCGUUGGGCUGGGGUAUCGCUACAAUGUUCGGUGUUGCCACUGCUGGCGGUAUUAGCGGUGGACUGAUUAAUCCAGCUGUCACUCUGGCCUUGGCGGUAUGGAGAGGUUUCCCUUGGAAAAAGGUCCCGAUCUACAUCGCCGCACAGAUCGCGGGUGCUUAUGCCGGUUCCAUGUGCAUCUAUGGCCUCUACGUCAACGCGACGCGCAUGGUAGACCCCAACCAAACGAAAGCAACCGCGCAGCUCUACACGACUUUCCCUGCCGACUUCAUCACGACGCCCUCGACGCGAAUCACGGGCUUCUACAACGAAAUUCUCGCCACUGCUGUCCUGCUGAUCAUUGUGCUGGGCAUUGGCGACGCGAACAAUACCCCGCCCGUUGACGGCAUGGCGCCGCUCGUGCUCAUGUGGGCUAUCACCGGUAUUGGCGCGACGAUGGGCUGGCAAACUGCGUACGCGCUCAACCCAGCAAGAGAUCUCGGUCCUCGCUUGAUGCUGUACACUGUUGGGUAUAGUCCGGACUUACUGUGGACGUUCGAUGCAUGGUACUGGCUGAUCGUACCGCUUCUUGGAACGCUCGUCGGUGCCCAAGUUGGCUGCUUCAUCUACGACUCGCUCAUCUACACCGGCGCCGAGUCGCCGAUGAACAAGCGCUGGCAGUUCUCGGACCUCGGCAGGAUGCGGAGACGGAGACAGACUGCAUCUGCCAGGAGGCCGUCUACCUCUCCGGCUUUGGACACUAUUGAGACGGCAGAAUCGAAGGUUUGAGCACACUGCCCUUCUGUGCUGCGACGCUUACAAUCUGCAUCUGCUCGAAUCUCUUUUCAUUUCAUCUCGUCAUUUCUUGCAGUCUGCCGCUGUAUUUCCACGCAUCGUCAUCUGAGAUAUAUCUGUCAUC